CUGGACGCCGCCUGGAGUGUAUAUAAAUGCUCGCCUCUCUGGCUGCCACACAAGUCUUCCGGAAAUCCCUUGAAACACUCACAGCAACUAUGGCUCGUCUUCUGCUCCCGGUCAUGACUGUGGCCCUGGCCAUGGUGGCAGGCGCCAUGGGCCAGCAGGUGGGCUGCCCUUCAGGAUAUACCGAAGAUCAGAUUCCGACCCUUAGCCUUUCCAAUGCAAGCAAGUCUGAGUUUGAUGGAUUAGUUCACGAUCGAGCUUUUGGGAACUUGGUGAACAAUUGCUUCUUUGGAAAGAACUGUGAACUAUGCGCCCACAAUGACAAAGUUAGACAAAUCUUAGUGAUUUAUCCGUGGCUGGUCCGAGAAUGCAUCCAGAAGACUGGCGUCUGCACCAAGGAUCAGACAGAGAUGGCAGUACACAUAUCCACAGAAGUCAGCAAGGUGUACCCCAAGGAGUCCAAGGAAAUCCUCGCCCUCAUCAAGGCUGCUUCAUAGGCACUUCACUACACAACCCGUCCAGCCACCCCUCAUGUUUCCCGCUAUAUAACUCCCAUCGGUGUUUGUGGACUGUCUACAUACACCAAUUACUUCUUAUUGAUGUUUGACUAUAUUUCAUAUCUAAUUUAACAAAUAUCUUACGGCUGGCAGCAACACCGCCGCCACGAUGUUGCGAUGAUUUUGAAUGUGAACAUCUCCAGUUUGCCAGCAGCCACGGGAUAGAGAAGGGGUGGUGUUAUGCUGGCGGCUUGUGGAGCGUAAUUGCGCCUGACAAAGCCUGACCCACGUGGGGGCAGGCCGCAACAAUAUAAUGUUAUAUGAAUCUGUUGCGGCCUUACCCAUUUUGGGGCAGGCCAUCAAGAUGGCUAUUCUGUGCAUAUAUAUGAAUAUAAGCUACUGUAUAUGAUUUGUUAUUACAAUUGUUCAACUGUUUACCUUACAAUACAGUAAAUUAACCAAUUC